AUGAAUAGUGUCCUACAGAUCACAUUUAUAGUCAUUCUGAGUGUGGAAUUUAUAAUUGGCACCUUGGGCAAUGGAUUCAUAGCAGUGGUGAACAUCAUGGACUUGGUCAAGGGAAGAAAGAUCUCUUCAGUGGAUCCGAUCCUCACUGCUCUGGCCGUCUCCAGAAUUGCACUGCUGUGUUUAAUAUCAUUGAAUUGGUGGCUAUAUAUGUUCUACCCAGGAAAAUGGAUGACAGAGAGAACUGUUAGGAUAAUACUCAGUGUAGCGACAACUUUCAAUCAUAUUAGUAUCUGGCUUGCUACAAGUCUCAACAUCUUUUGUUUUUUCAAGAUAGCAAAUUUUUCCAACGCUGCUUUCCUUUAUUUAAAGGUCAGAGUUAAAAAAGUAACGACAAGGACAUUGAUAAUGUCUUCGGUUCUCUUGUGCCUAAAUAUUAUGGUUAUUAAUAUACCUGAGAACAUUUUAAUCAUUGAAUAUAAUAAGGUAAAUAUGUCUAAAAGCUUCAUCUUGAAUAACACACAGCUUUCUAUGCUGUUUUCAUUUGUCAACACCUCCUUUAUGCUCAUACCAUUUAUGUUGUCACUGGUUACAUUUAUCCUGCUAUUCUUCUCCUUGUGGAAACAUCAGAGGAAGAUGCAACACAGCACCCAAGGGUGCAGAGAUGUCAGCACCAAGGCCCACAUCAGAGCCUUGCAGACACUGAUUGCCUCCAUCUUCCUGUAUUCCAUUUACUUUCUGUCCCUAAUUAUCAAGGUUUGGGAUCCUCUGCUUCUGAAGAGAAUGCUGCUGGUUUUGAUCACACAGGCUGUAAGAAUUGCUUUUCCCUCAGUGCACUCCUGGGUCCUGAUUCUGGGCAAUACUAAACUGAGAAAGGUUUCUCUCUCUGUACUCCUGUGGCUGAGGUUCAGGCACAAAGAUGUAAAUGCUAUAGUGCCCAGACCUGGGGUUCUUUUAUGCAGAUCAUCUUGCAUAUCUUAG